AUGAUUAUUAAAAUCAAUACUUUAGAUGGAUUAUUAAUUGAUAAAACUAGAAAUCUAUGUAAAAAUAGCGCUUAAGGAGAGAGUAUUUAAUAAUAUUAAAUAGUCUAGAAACAAAAUGGGGGUGCAACAAGUAUAAAGAAAAAAAAAGAGGAGGUUAAUUGAUCUAAUUUAAUGAUUUAAAUCUUAAGGCAAUCUGUUCACAAUUUUAAAUUUAAAGCGAUUCAACUGAAAUUCAAUUUUGA